UUUUACUGUCCUUCACUCAACUUCUCUCCUAUAUACCAUUUUCCCCUCUGUACGGAGUAUUCACUAUCACGAUCCUUUUACUCGCUAGAGCCACUUCCCCAUUAUUUCAUGCAUCUUCUCUUCUGCUGUGAUAAUUGUUGCUUCGUUUCAUAUCUUCCAACUUCCAAAUUUAUGAUUCAGUCUUUCCUCGCCGAGUGGCCUUGCCCCUAAAAUCUAAAUCUAAAUCUAAAACACUUCAGAAACCCUUCCACUAGGAGGUGUCAUGUCCCGUUGCUCCUGAUCCCUAGCCAGCUUUACCUAUCUCAUCGUUCAAUUCACUCUUAUUAUCUUCUACCAUGGUCCUAGCCAGGUCCGGCAUAUUGCAAUUACAUGCUUGACUAUCAGCUUGUAUUUUUCCCCUUCGACCUCGCCAAUUAGACUGCGAUAACAGUCUACUAUGCAAACCUCCAGCUCUGCCCCACGAGCCAUGGCGGACUCAGAGCAACCCAAUAACAGAGUGUCCAACAAUGACGCUCCUGAUCAUUCAAUUCAUAUCCGCUCUCGAUCAACUGUCCACACCCAGAGCCCCAAACGUCUGUCUGUCUUCAGCAGUCGUUCCCGGAGCAAUACAACUACUUCCACCACAUCAUCACGCCGCUCCCCCGCCUCCUCCAUGACAUCUAUGGAUGCUGCCUCGCUGCCCUCAUCUCAAGAUGAACGAACUAAUCCGACCGGUGUCCGCUCGGAGCGGCAGGAGAGUAUGACCAAAUCACUUUUCUCGCGCGGAAGCCGUAUCCUUCGUCGCCAGGGAAGUAAAUUCAACAUCGUUGCCACGCUGGAUGAAGAGGAUGAAUUAGAGCGCGAGAAAUCCCGGUUUGAGGUCUCAGACCUAUUCAGCCGUCACCACAGGUCGCGGCAGAGCGAUGCUCACGAACAAUUGAAAAAUCUUAUUUCGGAUCCCUUUGACUUCCACCACCUAACUCAUACAAGUCCAUCCCAUUUCCAGGCAAUGGAUAGGGCCCGGGAAAAUGACCUGGUCACUGAAUUCUCCGCCAUCCGUGCCUCUCAAAGACCUGUCACGGGACUUAAGGGUAUCCGCGCGGAAGAUCUUCAUUUUCGUGACUUCUCAUCCGAGAACCUCGCCAAUUGCGGGACAAGCAUUGCAAGGGACCACGCUGUUCCCGCUUCGAUUAGCCCUCCUGGGUCGCCAGGAACAUCGUCGUCAGCAGCGAGCCCCAAGCAGCAGGAUGAUAGGCUAAGGAGGGAGUCACGAGUCUGUGAGAACUUUUCUCGGCCAUAUCCCAGAGUUGGCGCAACUACGCCGCCCGGGUUGGCGGCAUCCCCGGAAAUAUCUGAACCAGCUCCUCGUGCCAUUGACGAGAUACUGGGUCUGUCGUCCCCAGCCACGUACCCAGAACAUGUCUACUCAAACGACGACGACGAAUCCCAAGAACGCCGUUUACUCCAUAUGAACGUUGAAAGCAUCUUCCUACCGACCAUUGAACAGGACAUCAUUCCCAACGCUCAAAAAGACACGAUUGAUAUCAGAACUUCGUCUAUGUCAUUCACCAACAUGUCCUCCGAUCUUGAUGUCCUUCCAGAAGAAGAGGAGGCUACCCAUUCAAGGGAAACUUUGGACUCUAGUGUAGAGGAAACAAACUCGCGUUCCCAGUCUCGGCUAAGCUCACCCCCAACUGAGCUGCAGAGCACCUCUGUAGUCAGGCCUAAGUCUAAUCUAUCCGUAUACGUGACUGAAGAAUUGUCGAAGAAGGUUGCCGAGGCUCUCGGCUCUCCUACGCUUCCUCAAUAUCGUCAGCACGGGGCACCGCCGCACGACCAAAGACUAGACGGAAUGGUGAAGAGAACAGCGUCCGUUCGUCGAAGAGCAACAUAUGAGACCAUCUAUGAGUCUUGGGAUGCUGACAUUGACUACUGUUAUGAGCAUGCAGCAGAGUCAAAUUGUAACUUCGACUGGGCUCGUAAUUCGUUCGAUGAACCACAGCAGGACCCAAUUGACGUCCCCAUCACGAGCUCCCAGGUCGAUCCGGUGAAUGAGGCCGACAAAAUUCACCUGCUCCCGGCCGCGCAUUUGAGCACUUCCACAGUUCCUGGAUUGGAUCUGGAGCCUAGUCCGCCUCCUUCGUUUCCUAGCGCGCAAGUUUCCUUAACUCCGUCCACCGCAAGUUACGAAAUUGAGGAAAGCGUCUCUCAGCGGAACAGCGAUUAUUUCCAGCCAGUCAGUUCUUCAAUGUUUCCAUCGACCCUGGGAAAACACAUGACACAUGAUACCCUAUAUGAGGAGUACCUGGCAGGCGAUGCUGAAUCAGAUCGGCACUUCUCCUUCUGCUCUCAAGGGGUGAUCCAACCCAUGGAGCAGCCUGUCUCUCCCCGCAGUAGUUUCUCUCCGAUCAGCAAAUGCAACUCUGAAGAGAGCCUAAUCUUAUCCCGUGCGGCAUCAAUUGUCCGCAAGCACCGCUCUUCCGUCUCGACUACUAGUGUUCCGGAGCUUGUGCACAGCUUGGCAAAUAGCCGAGAGUUAUCCACGAUGGACCAAGCCACCUUAGGCGAUCACUCUCUGCCCUCCGGGCCUGGACAACCAGAGUCGACUUCUUACCAUCGUCAAACGAAAAGCCUGGCAAAAGAUAUCGAGACCCAGGUUGCCUUUCGCGCUGACAGCAGUUUGAUCCUUGAAUCAGCUGGGCUCAUACCAAAUCCGGGCCCUGCUAUUCAGGAUCGCGCAAAAUCCUCAUCUGAAGUAGAGGCGACCAAGGCUGAAGUCCCUAUCAGAGGAACACAUCGGCGAAAGGGCAGAGCAUCGUACUCGCUCUUUCCAUCUCCCGCAACUUCCACUAACGUGCUGUAGUUGCACCAUCCCCAGUCCUGAAGCGUAACUUGGACAUAAUGUUCUUUUCCUUUAUCUUGCUCCUUCACACUUUCAUACCAAUCACCCAUAGAUCUCCUCAACGACAUGAUGACUUUUCACUUGUUCUUUCUGCAAAUUUCCCUUCUUCAUUGUUAUCCCUUCCAAUAUGUCUUUCUGCAAUUGUUAGCCGUUCUAUACUCAUUCUUUUCUCAUCUGCGAUUUACUCCAGACUUUCGUUUUGCAUUUUGAGCGGCUACUUUUUCCACAGGAACGAAAAUUUCUGUUAGGUGUUUUUCUGGUAUGAAGUAUUGGGAAAAGGAUCCGAAUGGGUUUUGGUUGCAUAGCAUUCGCUCGAAAGUUCCUCGCUUUGCAUCUAGGUCUUUUCAGGCAUCAUUCUUUCUCUGCGUUUCCUUGUUGCUUGGCAAGUUCAUCUUUUGAUGAAUACGGAUAUGGUCUUGUUAUAUAGAGGAGGGCGGUAUAUUGGUCUGGGUGUUUUCUGUCCAGAUUGUGGUGGACAAUGAAGAAGCGAAGGCGUCAUCUACUAAGCCAUUGUGUGUUUCAAGAAGAACUUCGUGUACCUGAUUCAAUAGGACACUUUAUGUCAUAUCCAAAAGUUACUUGACCAGA